CGAGUAUUCAAACACGCUUACGCUUUCCCGAAAGCAGUCGCAUUCGCAUUCGCCUAGGCUACAGGUGGUCACCAGCAAGCAGUCGGCGCAAGACUUCGCUUCUCACUCUCAGGCAACAAGCCAACCCAAGUCGACACAAUGAAGAUCCUUGAAGGCCAAAGCAACCUGGUCUCAAACCAUGAGGUCUAUGAGCAUAUUCUGGAGCAACAGCAAAAGAACAGGUCCAAGAACAGGAGAGUGCCUCCCAACCAAUUUACUCUCACUAAGGAUCUCUUGACCUAUCUCCGAACCAAGCCUGGCCCAUUGGCAAACCAGGACAAGACCCAUCAGUACAGCACGGAAGCGUUGUAUGAGCUCUUUAAGAAGCUUCGUGAGGCUAACCUCCAGAGCGAUCUCUCGAAAGGCGAGAUGCUCAUGAUCAUCAACCUUCGGCCCACCAAUGUUGCAGUUCUUAGCACGGUCGUUGAAGACAUGUUGGAGCGCUUUACUGAGGACGAGCAGCAAAAGAUCAUCGAUAUCAUCACCGAGACUCUCGGCUUUGACGAACCCACAGAGGCCGCGGAAGGAGAAGAGAACGACGAGGACGCAGCACCCUCCAUUGAAAACUCUUGAACACGUGGACAUGACG